AUGGCGGAUACUUUCGAACAACGUUGUGCGAUCAAAUUUUGCACAAAACUCGAUAAAAAAGCUGCCGAAACUCACGAAUUGCUCAAGCAAGCGUACGGGGAGUCUGCUUUAUCUUAUGUGCAAGUUUCGAGGUGGGUGAAGAAGUUCAAGGAGGGCCAGGAAGGAGUGGACGAUGACCUCCGCUCUGGACGGCCAACAACAAGCCAAACCGACGAAAAUGUGACUCGUGUGCGUGACUUGUUAAAUUCUGACCGUCGAAUGAGUGUUCGGUUAUUAGCCGACACUCUGAACAUUCCAAAAACUGUUGUGCAUCGCAUCGUUACGGACGAAUUGAACAUGCGAAAGGUGUGCGCCAAGCUGGUCCCAAAACUGUUGACGGACGAGCAAAAGACCAAUCGAGUGUUGAUCGUGAGUGAACUGAAGGAACGUGUGGAAAUUAAUCCUAAUUUUUUAGACAAUGUUUUAUUACCGGUGAUGAAUCGUGGGCAUUUGAAUACGAUCCAGAGACGAAGCACCAGAGUGCCGAAUGGCACACUCCGGCGUCCCCGAAACCAAAAAAGGCCAGGAUGA